UCUCCAUUUCGGGCAUUGCUACCACCUGUUCAAGAUAUUAUUUCUCUCUCUAAAACCGUUGGCAUUCUCUCUCUAUAAAUCAUUUAUCAAUUAUCGGCUUCAUUUUACAAUCUCUGGAAUCUGUUUUGCGUCAUUUCUCGAUUGUGAUUCGAGGCAUUUGAUUCCAAUCUUGUAACGGAAGCUAGGGUUUCGUGUUUCUCUGCUUUCUAUCUGAUUUUUUAAAUCAAAUUUGUUAUGGCAAACUCGAGAGGACGUGAUUUGUUUUACAACGACGGGAUUGAUCCCGUUGAUGCAUCGAACGGUGAGGAUUUCGACGAUUCUUCGUCUGUGGACGGUGCCUCUUCGUGCGGUGAAGGUGGAUCUAGCGUGAGCUCUACUUCUGCUGGAGAGGACGGUGGUUCGAGGAGGCAGGUUGGACUUACGGAGCGGUUGACGGAUAUUCUCGUCGACGAAGGCGACGGCGAUCUGUUGAUUCAGCAGAGUAAUAGGGAAGACCGGCUGUUACAGUGGCUGCAGGCUCUUGAUAUGCAAGUUAUGGGAGCUUGUCGCGCUGAUGAACGGUUGAAGCCCUUGCUGAAGAUGAACACAGCCUGUGGCGUCGCUGAAGAUCCUCUCCUGACUCAAUUAACUCAGCAUUUCGAGCCAUCUGAGGUUGGAAUGUUAGCUAGAUGCUUCUGCGUGCCUCUUGUUUCGAUCCGCGUUGGGAAGAUCAGUACGGAAGGAACUCGCUUCUGUCCUACUUCCAAUAGGGGUAACUUGACACUUGUACUACUGCCAAGUUCUGAUCUUCGUCUCUCAUUCAUUGGGGAUGAUGGUAAAACUGAGAGGCUAUUCACCCUUAACAGCAAAUCUCAAUGCUGUGCUGCUGCUGUUGAUGAAAUCCCUACUGACAGUUCUGGCCGAUCCUUCCUUGUAAGGACUCCAGAUACCAGAAAUUUUUACUACUGGUGCUCCGAAAAGUCAAAGCUUCUGGGAGCUGAAUUACUCGGAAAGAUGAAGGAUUUGCUCCAGAGGAAACCAUCCAUUGCUGAGUUGAGUGGCAUUAGCAAGUCAAGGCUUGACUUCUUUGCAACUCAGCUUCGGGCUUUUCUUGUGGGGACAACAGGGGGAAGCAGUCAUGAUAGUUCAUUUUGUCCUUCAACAUCUGCUAUUUCCGUUGCUUGUGUUUCUGAAAAUUCUCAUCCUUCAUCUUCAAAAUUUCCCCGGUCUCGGAAUAUUGGAGGUCAGACAGCGAAGGGAGAUACAACACUUUACCAGAGUAUUCUUAGUCCAAGAUCAAGUUCUUUUAAAGAAGUUCCCCCAAGAAACUUGUCUUCUCACAGGAUUGCUGCCAGGGAGAAAAUUAAGCGUCGUGGUGACAGUCACCAGCCAACAGUUGAUAACUUGACGAAUGAUUCAGCAAACAUCCUGGAUUUAUCAUCAACUUCUGAUCAAGACAAAGCUUCAGAAGUAAGCAAAAGUCUUACCUUUUCUCCAAGCUUUCUGGAAUCUCUAGGAAAGCUUACUGUUCCAUCAAGCCUUGGGCUGGAUGGGGAAGUCCCUUCUGUAGUGCCCCCCCUUUUUUCUCCCUACUAUUGUUGGUGUCCGCCAGGGAUUUCUACUUGUCCUUCCAUUACAGCAGUUACACAAUCUCCCGACUCAUCUAUUGAAACACUGCCGUUUCCCUCAGGUGCUUCUUUAUUACCCAACACUCUCUCGGCUAGCCUGUUGGAACCAGCACAGCCUCUUAAUCUUAGUUCUUCAAUGGACUUUCCUCCAUUUCUACCUGAUCCAUUGGUCAGAAUUUCGUUGCCUACUUCUCAGCAAAUUCCCACUUUCACACCAUUAAUGUGUGAUCCAAUUGUUCACGUCCCAGUAAUUGAUGUGUGUUCUUCAGGUCAGGGCUAUCUUGUGAGUGCUGGCCCUGCGAUGGCAACUAACAUUCCGCCAUUGCAUCCAAAGCUUGUGAAGCCACUGAUCCCUGAAUCUGAUGCUGUGGUGAAGGGAGCUAGAGAGACUCUAAGAUUGCUGAUUAGCGGUUCAAGCCAGGAUAACCAACAAGUGAUGAUGGACGCUUUGCCAGCAAUUUUAACUAAUCCCAGCGAAAACCAGAACCACGUACUUGUUGCUGGCAGCCGUGGUCUAUAUACAGGAACCAGAGAUAUUAAUGUGAUUGCGAACAGCAUUGCUGCCAUGGGAUUUGUAUCAAUGUCCGGAGUAUCCAAGGUAGACAAUGGGGGCUAUUCGGAGGUAUGUGGCAAACAUGGGAUUUCUGAAGCAAUAAAGAAAUCCAACGAUUCAGGGAGUGCCUUUUCGGAUAAUGCGAGGGAGCCUUCUUUGGAUUCCAAGCAGUAGUAGUGAAUAAAUGCAAUUGUGUUUUUUCUUUUUGAUGUAGAUCUCUUUUGUUCAGCAAAUGUAGAUAUGUGCUGUAGUACUUUUGAAUGGUUUUAAAAGUGCGAAUUUCACCAUUCAAACUUUGAUCCCACGUAGUAUGCCUUGAAAAUUCUUUCUUGAUUAGAAAAUUGGAAUGUGGCUGAAUCAGAUUUUGGCUAGCUGUUUACCCGUUUUCGGAUGUACUGUGGUGUUUACCAAAUUGGUACGGAACGCUGAUAUCCGGCUUCCUUUACAAGUUUGUGUUUGAACAAUAGCGUAAAGUACAAGAUGGCUAUUGCCAAUGUGAUUGUAACAUAGUGCUGACUCCUUCGAAUUAACAAGUUGAUUGUAGGUUUUGGGAGAGAUUUGAAAGAGAUUUUGAAUAACUU